AUGGAGAAGUCUCCGAGUCAUAGUCAAUGGCCCGCCUGCCCUAAGCUGGGCACAACGGCGAUGGUGCGCGCGGCGGCGCUGCUGCUGGUGCUGCCGGCCUUGGCGAUCCUGAGCGUCGUGGAUCCCGAGGUGGCGAAGCCGGCGUGGGACGACGGCGUCGUGGACGGCGUCGACGCCGACCUCUUCCGCCGCGCCAUGGUGCAGAUCGACGACGCGCGUCUCGCCGAGCCGCGCGGCAAGAUUGCCUUUCUCUUCCUCGUGCGCGGCCCGCUGCCGCUGCAGGAGAUCUGGCACCGCUUCUUCCAGGGCCACGAGGCGCAGUUCUCGGUGUACAUCCACGCGUCGCAGCCCGACUUCGACUGCGACCGCGCCGUCAACUACGCCGCCUUCCGCGGCCGCCAGAUUCCGAGCGUGCCGAUAUCGUGGGGAGGGCCCAACCUGAUCCGCGCGGAGAGGCGGCUGCUGGCGGCGGCGCUGGCGGACCCAGCGAACCAGCGCUUCGUGCUGCUCUCCGAAUCGUGUGUGCCGCUGUUCAACUUCUCCCACGUGUACGACUACCUCUUCGCCUCGCCCACCAGCUUUAUCACCAGCCAUCCCAGUGAGUGGCGGUACCAGCCGGGCAUGGCGCCAACUGUCAACCGCAGCCAGUUCCGCAAGGGCUCGCAGUGGUUUGCGUUGACUCGCCGCCAUGCGGACAUGGUGGUGGCGGACACACACGUGUAUGACGCCUUCCUCACCAACCACGCCAUGAUUCCUGACGAGAGCUACAUCCAGACGCUCCUUCUG